GAAUCAUUCAACCCGUUCCGCCGUCACUCGCCCGAAGAAGCAGCCCUCGCAACACAGGCAGCCAUCUGGAUUUCAGUACCUGCGGCCGCGCCGCUUCUCCUUCGCCAUCUCCUCUCGAUUCCUAGGGCUCUGGUCGAAGCGGAGCUCUUACCUAGACUUUACCCUCUCAUUCCUCUUCGAUCCCCAACUAGAUUUUCCUGGCAUCAGGCAUGGCUUUGCCCACUACAACCCCUGUUCCUUCUCCGAGUCCACAACUGAUCGGAAAUGCCUUUGUAGAACAGUAUUAUCACAUUCUUCAUCGAUCACCUGAAAUAGUUUACAAGUUUUAUCAGGAUUCUAGCAUUGUGAACCGACCCAAUUCUCAAGGAGAGAUGAUUUCAUUGACAACACUGCAAGCCAUCGAUGAGAAGAUAAUGUCACUUGACUUCAGAAACUGCUUCACUGAGAUAGAGACUGUAGACUCACAAAUUUCAUACCAGAGUGGGUUGCUUAUUGUAGUUACUGGAUCAUUUACUGGACAGGAUAGUAUUAGGAAGAAAUUUGCACAGUCAUUUUUCCUUGCUCCUCAGGAGAUUGGUGGAUACUUUGUUUUGAAUGAUGUUUUCAGAUUUUUGAAUGAAACACAACCAAGGGAAAUGAACCAUUUAUGGGUUGGCGCUACCAACGAUGAUGUCUCUAAAGCAUCUCCUGUUCCUGAAGCAGAUUUCAGUACACAGGAGAAUCAUGUGCCAGAAACCCCCCCAUUCGAGGAAGAGACUAGUAAUUUGGAAGUUACCGACCUUCCAGAGGAUAAUUGUUCUGCUGCUGAAAAUGGUGGUGUUGUGGAUCCUCCCGCUAGUGUAGAUGAGAGUGAUUCACAGCAAGUUUUUGAAGUUAUUGCUUUGGGGGCUCAAGAUGAUACACCUAAGAAGUCUUAUGCAUCAAUUGUUAAGGUCAUGAAAGGGAGCCCCUUACCAGUGUCUCUUCAUGCAACUCCCAGUGCAAAGUUAGCUCCAGCAAACACUGAGAAACCUGUGGCUGCAUCCACAGCAGCAUCUGUUCACCCACCUGAAACUUCUAAUCCUGCUGGAAUCGAUGUGCCUGAGAAAACCAACAUUCUCGAAGAGGAGGGUCAUUCAAUUUAUAUACGAAACUUACCCUUGAAUGCAACUGCUGAACAAGUUGAAGAGGAAUUUAAGAAAUUUGGAGCCAUUAAGCCUGAUGGUGUGCAAGUCAGAAGUCACAAGGUUGAGAGAUAUUGUUUUGGAUUUGUUGAGUUUGAUUCCUUGAAGUCCAUGCAAGCUGCAAUUGAGGCAUCGCCAAUCAUGAUUGGUGGUCGUCAUGUCAUUGUUGAGGAGAAGCGAACAACAACACGAGUUGUCAAUGGUGUGGUCACCAACAACGGCAAUGGCACCAGUGGAAGAGGGCGCUUCCAGUUCGGAAGAGGGGCAUUCAGAAACGACAACUUCCGAGGACGUGGUGCAGGCUUUGGCUCCGGUUUGGGCUAUAGGAGGAAUGAAUUUAGGAACCGGGUCGAGUAUUCUGGUCGUGGACGGGUUGGUUCAACUCGUCGCAAUGAAGGCUAUCAGCAGCGUCCUUUUCACAACAAUGGAAAUGGCAUGAUGGGAAGCGUCAAAGAAUCCCAGCCAACUGCUAUAGCAGCAUAGAGUUUCUUAUUUCUUCCUCUUGUCUAUUUUCUGAGUAGGCAUUCUUAUCUAUGUUUAGGCAAACCUUACAGAAGAUGUCUAUUUUUUUUGACUUGGCUAUAAGUGUGGAUGCUGCGGGUCUUCCAUUUUUGGUCUAUGAAUGCUAUCAUUUUUGUAGUUCGAAAACUAGGUCAAUUGCCAUUGUCUUAUCGUUGGAAA